CUGGACUGGAAAGACAUGAUGCCUGCUGCAGGUACCGGCAACCGCAACCAAAGUGAUAGGUUCUCUUCUGAUUCAUCACCUUCUAAGAGGGACCAACCAAGUCAUGGGGACGGAGCUCAACCACAACGGCGACAAGGAUGUUGAGGCUGGGACCCCCUUGGGUUCUAGUGCUCCCAACAUACCUAAUAAUUCCAGCCCUCGGAACAUGGAGACCGGCGGAAGCUCGGGGUCUGGCAUGACAGGCUUCUUCAUGCGGAGUCAUGAUUCCAGAGCGCAGAGGGACCCCAUCAAGAGGGCCGAAGAAAAGAAGCGGAAGCUAGAGAAAAUGCAAAAACAAAUUGACAAGCUGAAGGAAGCACUGCAAGGAAAAAGCGGCGAGCGGGUGUACGCCGAGAAAAAGCGUCUGAUCGAUGUGAAGCGCAAGGACGUCUUUCAGAUCCUAGCGCUGUAUGCAGCCUUUAUAACUGCUGUGCUCGCUGCCGUGGCUGGAAGCUUCAACAGGAACCAGAGCAGCGACCUUCUCAUCCAGGAGAACUGCUGCCAGGCCUUCACUUUCGCCGGUAACCCGACUCCGCGCUGUUGCAACCCGCUCGUCUCCCCUUCGGAGUGGCCCCCCUGCUGCACCAAGUUGGACAUCCCCGGCCAACUCCGCUGGGUACAGGGCCUUCUAAAUUCUACUGACCCCAUGAGGAGCUGCGAGGUCUCCGACUCGGCUUGGCGCUACCAAGAAAUCGUAGCCAAUAUGUAUCUUGCGCUGUCAGUAACAGGCCUCCUGGCAUGUGUCUAUGUGUCGUCGCUCGUCGGGGAUAUUGUCAAGCUGUCGCCUUGGAAGUUCUUAGCGGAUUCCGUAGCGUUGGGAUUGGAAGUCCGCUUGCCGGAAGGCUUCACUUGCCAGCGAUGCCAAGCAAAGAGAGAGCCUGGAAGCAACGAGCCAUCAGCUUCGGCUGGAGACAAGAUAGACCCUGCGGACGUCAGACCACCUCAGGAUGUUGCACAUCUUCUGAGCAAAGGGUGUUACCAAUGCAUCCUUCGAAAUGCCGGGACUAUCUUCUUCAAAAGGGUGCUCCGUUGCAGCUCCGCUUAUUUGAUGUACGCGCUUUGCGCUGCAACUGCCGUCAGCUGCGCUUUCUACUUCUACAACUUGGAGAGCAGGUUCUGUCCUAGGGGCGACAAUCAUGCUACGAACGCGAACGUCGUAUGGUUUUUGGCCAGGGCGGCUGCGUCGUUCCUGGUUGUCAGCACGGUCAUAAAUAUUCUGACCGUUUCAAAGGUGAUGGUGGAGGAGUACAACAGUGUAAAGGGGCCACGGGUGCUCGCCGCUAUUGGACGCGCCCAAGCACUGAAAGAAUUGGCAAGUCUGCCAUAGACUGAAUGGACGUUUCGCCGUGUCUUUACUGGGGGCCAGGUGGGUUUAUGUGCAUCCGUCCCAGUAUAUUCCGGGGUCUGAACAAGAAGCCGUGCGACUAGUGCAGUGUUGAUAGCAGGGUCAGGCGAUCGGUCGCACUUGAGACCGAAUACACGAAUGAAGAUGUAGUCAUGACAGCUUAGAGUGUUGAGUUGUAUCCUGAUAUCGACAGCUAGGCUACGACAUCUGUGAGAGUGUUAGUGAGUGGUAGACUUGAUAAAAUUCUUGCACGUAGCAGAUCUACGGUGUGAUAUUCACAAGGCUUUGUCGAAGUACACCUUCUAGUUUGAAGCACUGUAAUCUAAGACAGAACUGCCCCAUGAACUUAUAUAUCAAAGAGCUGCCCCGAAUUCUGAUGCUCUGAUAUUCCAAACCGCGUUAAAACAGAUCGGCCGG